AGCACACCAACUAGAGAGAAAGCUCUGCAACCUCGUCGAUUGUUUUCUUGAUACCACUCGCCCUCCCCUUCUUGCUUGCUUUGUGGGUGAAGAAAAAGAGAAUGUCGAUCAUCCCGAGCUUCUUUGGACGGCGCAGCAACGUCUUCGACCCUUUCUCACUCGACGUCUGGGAUCCCUUCGAGGGCUUCCCGUUCAACACCCGCUCCCUGGUAGGCGGCGGCGAGGCCUCCGCUUUCGUCAGCACUAAGGUCGACUGGAAGGAGACGCCCGAGGCGCACGUCUUCAAGGCCGAUCUCCCGGGCCUGAAGAAAGAUGACGUGAAGGUCGAGAUCGAUGACGGCCGCGUGCUUCAGAUCAGCGGCGAGAGGUGCGAGGAGGCUGAGGAGAAGAGCGAUCAGUGGCACUGCGUCGAGCGCAGCCGGGGCAGGUUCCUGCGCCGAUUCCAGCUGCCGGAGAACGCCCGGGUGGAUAAAGUGAAGGCGACGAUGGAGAACGGCGUGCUGACGGUGACUGUGCCGAAGCAGGAGGUCAAGAAGCCUAAAGUCAAGGCAAUUAAAAUCUCUGGUUGAGCAUAAUAUCUCCAUCUCUGAAUAUGUUAUGUGGUCAUCGCACUGCGUUUGUGUCUGGUCUAAAAAAGUAUAAAAUACUGUAGGUUUUCAGUUCGCGUUGUUUGCUUUCGUUUUCUGCCGUUGGUGAUGCGGGAUUCCUUUGUGUUUCAGUGUGGUUCUGUACGUAUUGGGAUG